CUUAAUGGCUGCCAAUACAUACCCUUUUGUUAUUGUAAUACAAGCCCAACUUUACUACUCCGUAAAUAAGAGUCCGUCCAAAAUAUCUUCGAACUCCUAGGGACGAGCGAAGGAGCUGUACGGUUGUACCUUUGCCACCCAUCCACCCACCUCCGACUGCUGCUACCGCCGACCUCUCCCUGCCCGGAUUCCCUGCGUCUCUCUGCCUCACGAAUCAUCCAGUGGGUUGCAGUUAGUUGGUGUAAAAGAUGAGGAGAACAGAAGCCAUCCAAUUCACCAAACAGCCUUACAUUGAGGAUGUGGUUCCCCGCAAAAUAAAAAGUUUUAAGUUUUCCACUUUCUCCGGUUCUGAAGUCAUGAAAUCAGCAGUGGUUGAAGUCUUUUGCCAAAAAUACUAUGAUCAAUUCCAGAGACCUCAUCCCAAUGGCCUAUUGGACGCACACUUGGGGCCUCCGAACAAAGAUAAGACUUGUGAGACUUGCGGCGGAAAGUUCAAAGAUUGUCCUGGUCACUAUGGAUACUUGAAACUUGCGUUACCAGUUUACAAUGUUGGAUAUCUGCCGAUCAUUUUGGUCAUUUUGAAGUGUAUUUGCAAGGGUUGUUCUCGCAUUCUUCUCGAAGAAGAUGACCGCCGAUACUUCCUAAGAAAGAUGAGAAGUAUGAAGUUGGAUCAUUUGAAGAAGAGUGAGGUGCUAAAAGAAGUUAAUAAAAAGUGUAACGCCAUGACAGCAACUCACAAGAUGAAAUUAUGUUCCAGAUGCGGAUACAUCAAUGGAAUGGUAAAAAAGGUAUCUAUGAAGAUCACCCAUGAGUAUGGGAGCCUUUUGUUAGACGAGUGUCAUAAUGCUGUUGCUGGCAAGAAGGAUGUCAAGGGAUCAAUUAAUGUGCCCCCAGAACUCGAUUCAAAGACAAUUUACUCCCUCUUCAUGAGAAUGACAGAUGAGGACUGUGAAUUGCUUUAUCUCAAUGACAGGCCAGAAAAAUUUCUUGUUACAUGUAUUCCUGUGCCACCAAUGGCAAUCCGCCCAUCUGUCUUGUUGGAUGGAGUAAAAAGUGAAGAGAAUGACAUUACAGUGAGGCUGAAAUGGAUUAUCGAAGCAAAUUUAAGUCUUCAAGAAGAAAUAUCUAAUGGAAGCCAUCCUAGCAAAUCUCUGUAUUUGCACUGAAAGCUGGAAAGAAAACGAGCUGAAGGACUCUGGGUUCCAGCACGUUGUUUGCAGAUUGUAAAUUUUAUGGGUCUUCUUUGCGGUCUUAAUGUUGCAUUGCUGUUCUCUAAAAUUUAUUCUACUUGUUCCAAAUCUAUGAGGGGCUUUUUGGUAUCCAAGAGCAUCAACUCAGUAAUAUCUCCCGGAUCAGUGUACAUAAUUAUAAAGCUUGAUAUGGAAGUAAUCAAAUCUUCUUGUCUUUCUAUUGAUGCAACUAGUGUCAAAAAAUCAAUUAUGCAGACUUCAGAACUUAAAUUGAAGGAACAUGUAGAUUAUUGUUUGUUGGAGGAGAAAAACUCAAGUAGUCAAGGACAGCAAAUAAAUGGAACUAUAUCUUCUGACAAAUAAGCUGUGUAUAUCACACACACUCACAGCUAUUAUGCACAGCUGAUACAAGCACACAUUAAUAGCUUCUUCAGUAUAAGGUUUUUAUGACGCUUCAGGUAAAUUGUUAAGCACCAGUAAUCCUCUCCUGAACAGAUCAAACUUCCAUAAUUUUCUUAUAAAAGACCACCACAUAUUAUUCUCUUUCUAUGAGUAAUUUUAUCACAAUGAUAAGAGUCAUGAGUGACAAAUGCUGUUUUUACUAGGUUUCAUUAAUUUUUCUUAUAAGAUCAUAGAAUAUUGAUGACUAGUGUGACUAGUAGUGUCUGCCAGGUUCAAGUAGUUUUUCUUAUUCGAAUAUUAAAAACCUAAACUUUUUCAAAUACACUCACAUUCAAGAAGGGAAAAGUGUAGAACAGAGUAACACAAAUGAGCACGACCCUAUGAAGAUCUUUCAAAGAUUAACAAUGAACCACAAUGAGAUCGUGUAUAUCAGAAAAUACAACAAUUCUUCAGGAUGUAGUAGGGACAUUAAAAGAGGGUGUGAAAGUAUAUAGAUUAUACUUUAGGAUAUUAGAAUAUACUUCAGAAUAUUCUAGGAAUAUACUUUAGGAUAUUAUUAUUGUAUAGAAUCUUAUAUAGUUAUAUUCUAUUUGUAAUGUAUAUUUAUAGGGACUUACACAACUAAUGAAAUACACAGAAAAACUUUCCUCCUCUCUUCAAUAUUAUAUUUUGUAGUUUAUAUUUCAACAUGGUAUCAGAGCCUUCCAUUUCAGUUUAGUUUUUUAGAUUUCAGUUCUUUAUUCAGGCUGAUUUCAGUUCAGUAUUCAGGCUGGGUUCUUUCUCCAAGAACUUGAGUUAACUUCAGAACCUUACACACCAUUUUCAGAACCUUACACACCAUUCUACCUCUACACACCAUUAAACAGAACCUCUGUCCAGACCCUCAUUCCAGAACAUCAAUACACCCUAACCAGAACCUUUGUCCAGGCCAACACCGUCCUAUUUCUCACCUCCGUCCUAACCAGUUGCACUUGCCGCCGCCGACAACGUCUUUGGAGUCCGCACCGGCAAAGCUUCGCGCGUCAAUCACACGCGCCGUCGAAGACUUUCGCGGCUGCCGCACGCGCCAGCGAGUGAAGCUUCAUAGCUGACCGGAUUUCUAAUCGGAAAUCGCCAUCUAGGUCACCUGAGUAUUCUCUGCCAGGCAAAUCCAUUUUUCCGAUCUGCGAGCUUUUGGAUCCACGGUCUUCUCGAGGUUGGCGACGCAGAUACUUUUGGAAGGGGGCUGCGUAUACUUUUGGGAUUUGAGACUAGGUGAGCUGGCUCGAAUUAGAAAGGGGCUGCGUUAUAUUUUUGGAGUCGCCACAAUCAUUAGCUGGUAAGUCUUAAUUAGCUGUAUUUAUUUAUUUUUGGAGUCGCCACUAUCAUUAGCUAGUAAGUCUUAAUUAGCUGUAUUUAUUUAUUUAUUCUCGAAAAAAAAAAGGGUAAAAAAAAUCAAAAAAAAAUAAAUAAAAAAAAAACAAACAAAAAAAAAUGUCUUUUACGGGUCCAUUUGGCAGAGGAGUAAUAUGCCAUUACUGCAAGAAGCCCGGGCACUUGCUCAAAGAAUGUAGAAAGUUGCUGUUCAAAAAUCAAGGAAAUCAGCUUGCUCAUGUUGCUUCCGCUACGAGUUCAUUUGAUGGAUCAAUUGCUAUUUUUGCAGACGAGUAUGCCAAAUUUAUUUGCUACCAAGAAUCUCUAAAGCAUUCCUCUAUCCCUAUCUCGGUCGUCGCUAAUUCAGGUAUUUCAAGCACAUGCCUCGUUUCAUCAUCCUCGAAAUGGGUCAUUGACUCAGGUGCCACCGAUCAUAUUUCUAUCUCAGCGUAAAUAUGUACUUGAUUUACUAGCUGAAACAGGGAAAUUGGGAGCAAAGCCAAGCACAACUCCCAUGGUUCCUAAUGUGCAACUUACUCAAGAAGGCAUGCCAUUCGAAGAUCCAGAAAGAUACAGAAGAUUGGUUGGAAAGCUUAAUUAUCUCGCAGUCACUCGUCCAGAUAUUGCUUACUCUGUGAGCGUAGUGAGUCAAUAUAUGUCAUCUCUGACCAUUGAUCAUUGGGCUGCUGUAGAACAUAUAUUAUGUUACUUGAAGGGAGCACCAGGACGUGGGAUUGUCUAUCAAAAUCAUGAUCACAUGAGAAUAGAAUGUUUUGCAGAUGCUGAUUGGGCCGGAUCUAAAGAUGAUCGAAGAUCUACCUCAGGGUGUUGUGUCUUUGUUGGAGGGAACCUAGUAUCCUGGAAGAGUAAGAAACAGAGUGUGGUUUCUCGUUCGAGUGCCGAAUCAGAAUAUCGAGCUAUGGCGCAAUCUGCAUGUGAGAUCAUAUGGAUAGGCCAUUUAUUGGGUGAAAUCGGAUUAAAGACACCGAUGCCUGCUAAGUUGUGGUGUGAUAAUCAAGCUGCCAUACACAUUGCCAACAACCCAGUAUUUCAUGAAAGAACAAAGCAUAUUGAGGUUGAUUGUCAUUUUAUUCGAGAGAAGAUACAAAAAGGAUUGAUCUCUACGGGAUAUGUGAAGACUGGAGAACAACUUGGAGAUUUGUUUACUAAAGCACUAAAUGGGAUCCGAGUUGGUUAUUUAUGUAACAAGUUGGGCAUGAUAAAUAUCUAUGCUCCAACUUGAGGGGAAGUGUGAAAGUAUAUAGAUUAUACUUUAGGAUAUUAGAAUAUACUUCAGAAUAUUCUAGGAAUAUACUUUAGGAUAUUAUUAUUGCAUAGAAUCUUAUAUAGGAAUAUUAUAUUUGUAAUGUAUAUUUAUAGGGACUUGCACAACUAAUGAAAUACACAGAAAAACUUUCCUCCUCUCUUCAAUAUUAUAUUUUGUAGUUUAUAUUUCAACAGAGGGGAUAUAAGUCUACUAGUAGUACCCUUCAGCCAGCACCCCAUACUUCCCCUCCUUAUUUAUGUUGAUUACAGCACGUUCAACUGUGCUGAUACCCUGGGCAAGGAAAACAUGAAAAAAUGUUUGUCAAUCACAUAAUUGAGUAAAAGAGACAAGCUCACAGCUGCUUGAUACGACAUAAAAAUUUGGAUUGUGUCAUCACCUUACCUUAACAACUACUGAUGGAAGCUUAUUUCUGAGACGGUGAACUACCCACAGUUUCGAGGUAUCCACAACCUUGAUAUGCUGAAAAAACAGAAAUUCACUUUUAAUACGCAAGUUUUGUGCCAUUAUGACAUGUCGAACGGAAAUUCAACAAACAAUAAUCUACCUGUUCCUUCAAUUUAAGUUCUGAAGUCUGCAUAAUUGAUUUUUUGACACUAGUUGCAUCAAUAGAAAGACAAGAAGAUUUGAUUACUUCCAUAUCAAGCUUUAUAAUUAUGUACACUGAUCCGGGAGAUAUUACUGAGUUGAUGCUCUUGGAUACCUACAGAGGAAAAUGAAUUACCAUAUCCACUUGGCAAAAACUAGCACAACCUAGACGGCUGGAACUUUAACAAAUCACAUGUUUGAGAGAUAAAUGCCAGCUCUCUAUAGAUAUUUGAAAUUUAAAAAAAAUGAUUCAGGAGACAAUAAGAAGUCUUACACGCUAGUGAGGAGAGAACUUACCAAAAAGCCCCUCAUAGAUUUGGAACAAGUAGAAUAAAUUUUAGAGAACAGCAAUGCAACAUUAAGACCACAAAGAAGACCCAUAAAAUUUACAAUCUGCAAACAACGUGCUGGAACCCAGAGUCCUUCAGCUCGUUUUCUUUCCAGCUUUCAGUGCAAAUACUAUGCAAUGUGCAGAAGUAAAAAUUUAUAACAGCAUCUUGUAUGAGAGCACUCUUAAAAAUAAUUUAAAUAUCCCAAACUUUGAAGCGGUGUGAGAUAAGCACCCUAAACUUGCACACUUAGUGUUGUGUGUGUGUGUAAACUGUGUGUGUAUAUAUAUAUAUACUCCAAACUUAAUAUAAAAAAUUGUUCAUCAUCACAUUAAGCUUGUCUCAUACCAUAUUUAGUAUAAAAUAAUACUUCCCCCCAUCUUUGCCAUUUUAUCUUUUUCAUUCAUCACCACUUUAAGCUUGUCUCAUACCAUAUUUAGUAGUAUUUUGGUGGUUGCAAUUCAUUCUUACUAUACUAUAGUCACACUUCUCCAAAUCAAAAUUAAUCACACCAUUCACCUUAUAAUUGCAAUACUCCCUCUUGUUUGAAUCUUAGGGGAUGAAGGUAGUAGUUAUUGUCUUAUUGGGUAAAUUUAGUAAAUAUCUUUUGUCUUGUUGUCUUAUAAAGUUAGUAGUUACACAACUUUAAUUUUCUACAAAAAUACGGUUGUCUGAAUCUGAUUUUAAAAGGGUAUACCGAAGCAGUUGAAUCCUGGUCUGGAAUAAUUAUUCUAGACUCGUCGAGUAACGGGUCUGAAUCUGGAAUACUAUAUUCCGGUCUGAACCCGGCCCGUUGAAAGACCUAAACGGAGGGCAGGUGGUUCGUGUGGUGGGAGUUGUUUGGUAACAGGUUUUGUAAGUUUUGCUGGAGAGUAGUUCAUACUCCGGGAUUAUGAAAGUCAAACGCCACAAUUUUAUAAUUAAAGAGUCCUAUUUAAAUGGCUUCAUAUAGCACGGUUGUCUGUUUUUUCGAGCUACAUACCAACAUGAAAUACCUAUUUGACCCAUGACUUCUUUCGUUCUGCAGCACUUCUAAACAGGUCCAGCUGAAGUAUGGACCAGAACCAAUUUUUACUCGUGAGUGUUUGAAAUAGUGUGAGUGUGGGUACCAGAACCAUUGGCAGAUCCAGAAGUGGAAGUAUCAACCAUGGUGAAUGAGGAAGAGGAUCGGGUGAAAAAGGAUCAAUGCUCAGAUACCAUGCACAAGAGAUAUUUUCAUUGAAUAAAUCUGAUAUGGGUGUAAGUAUAAAUGAGUACAGUAUUCUAGUUACCUAAGCAUGGACCACCGGCCAUUACCAUGUUUUUUUCUCUUCCUCUCAUUUUCAGCAGCUCUUUCAUCUCUCAAUCAUUACC